AUGGCAGCACUUGGGCUCCGUGUCAACGGGGAGGGCGACGAGCGUUCCUUGGUAGAGGAUGAAGCUCUUGUACUAUUGGAAGAGAAGCAAGCGAGCUGGGAAGAACUAGAGGAAGCUUUCAGCGUGUUCGACGGCGACGGCGAUGGAUUCAUAAGUCCCCUGGAGCUGCAGAAUGUGAUGAGAAGGUUGUGUUUGCAGCGUGACGCUGGCCAUGAGGAGUGUGAGAGAAUGCUCAAGGUUUUCGACAGAGACGGCGAUGGAAUGAUCAAUUUUGAUGAGUUUAAAGUCAUGAUGCAAGGAGUUGUCUGA